GACUUGCUCAAAAAACUGAAUCUCCCACCUAUGUUAAUAUUUUGUUUAUAACAAACUUUUGUAAAUAAUAAAUGACCUGUUGUGCAAAAUUCGUUACAUCAAAUACUUAGUAACUUAUUGUAAAAAAACUACAUAAAUUAUCUUGGGUAUUUUACCAGUGAGCAAUCUCCCAACUCAUCUCUGAUUUUAAUUACCCAGUCUUGGUUAGUCUAUCCAGUUCCAUGGGCUUUCUAUAAAGUUUCACGGCCUAUGCUCUUUAUUUCUGACUUUUUUGCACGUCAGCAGUUAACAUUAUCAACGGUUAUAAACGCUGUGCCAAUUUCUGUGAUAAGGUUAUCAAUAAUCAAGCCGCAUAGACAAAUCCAUGUAUUACGGAACGUAAAUUAAGAAGGCAAUUUAUUGACAACAGUUUCGACGAAUUAAUUUACUUUUCGUACGUUUCACAAACACUGAGUUCCUUACGAUGGCUGCUGAGGAAACGUCUUGGCGGGCGCCAGCGUUCAGACAGAACGUCAUCGCAAAAAUAGACGAAGCAUUUCAGAAGAUUGGCAUGCCAACGUCAAAGAACAGUGUCGAUAUGGAAAAUCAUGUCUUUCAAAAGGCAAAAAAUAAGGACGAGUACCUGGGAUUUGUGGCCAGGUUAAUCAUACGCGUUCGGGAAAUGAAUGCAAAGGAAGGUGGCGGGGGAAUGGCAGCAGGUACUGGGGGUACGGGUGGCCAAGGUAUGCCAGAUCCAAUCGGAGCCCUGCAAUCUAUGGCUCGACAGGGAACAGGUAAUAAUCAAAUGAUGGGUAUGAAUGGACCAGGCCCUGGACCGCAAGGAAUGGUCCCUCAACCUCAAACAAAUACUGCUACGAAUCUUCUGCAGAGCCUAAAUCAACGUCCAGGUCAAGCGAUGAACAUGCAGGGUAUGCAAAAUAAAAUGCCAGGAAUGGGAAUGAUGCAAACCCAAACCGGAGGACCAAUGGGUCAUAUGGGUCCUAUGCAGGGAAUGCAGGGUGGUCCGAUGCUAACUCAAAUUACUCAGAUGUCUCAGAACAGCAUGCCUCAGCAAAUGAAUCAAAUGGGACCUGGACAGCUCAGUCAGAUGGGCCCUGGUCAGAUGGGAACAGGUCAAAUGCAACAAAACAUGCAGAAUCAGAUACAAGGCCAAAUACAGAAGCAAGUGCCAGGGAAUCAGAUGGGAGGACCCAUGGCUGGCUCUAUGCAGGGAGCAUUGACUCAACAGAUAAACCAAAUGGGCCCUGGACAAUUGGGCCCUAAUCAAAUGCAGCAGCAACUCGGUCACAUACAACGAAAGCCUGCUGAGAUGUUAAAUGCAGGAUUCGCAGGCCCACGAAACGUCACACCUAACCAGUUUCUACGACAAAGUCCAUCUCCAUCUGCACCGAGUCCUGCUGGAUUGGGAGCUCCCGGAAGUAACCAGAUGGUGGCAUCUCCUGCACUGGUCUCCUCACCGAGUCCUCAGCAUCCCAUGAUGGCAGGACCUCAACGAUCAGUCGGCAUGGCACCAUCUCCAAGCAGCUCUCUGAACACCCCAGGAGGCGUAGGUGCAACACCAAGUCCGCUGCAAGAAGACCAAGCGUACAGAGACAAAGUCCGUCAGCUGUGCAAGUACAUCGAGCCUCUGAGGCGCAUGAUCGCGAGGAUGGGAAAUGACGGAAACGUGGACAAACAGAGCAAGAUGAAGAAGCUCCUGGAGAUAUUAUCGAACCCUAGUAAGAGAGUGCCUUUGGACACCCUCGUGAAAUGCGAGAUCGUCCUAGAGAAGUUGGACUUCAAAAGAGGAGACGGCAGCGUAGGACCCCCUGUUACUACUGUGAAGGAGCACCACAUAUUCAGUGCACUUCUGGAAGCCGUCAACUCCCAUCUUCAAAGUCCUGUGGCGAAUCACACCCUCCAGAGGACUUUCGGACCCUGUUUGGAGGCUCUCUUCGGACCAGAGAUCAAGAACCUACCACCGCCACUGAAGAAGCAGAAGAUCGAAGAGUCCGUCAGCGAUAUUCCCGACAUCCUCCAAGGAGAAAUCGCGCGUCUGGAUCAGAGAUUCAAGGUGAGCCUCGACCCUGCCCAACAAAACGGCUCCAAAUGUGUCCAGCUAAUCUGCUGGCUGGAUGACCGUCAUCUACCAUGUGUCCCGCCCGUGUCGGUGAUGGUACCUGCUGAUUAUCCUCAGACACCGCCCCGUUGCGUGAUGGCUCCCCAUGAAUAUGCCACGGCAUUCCUUUGCGCAGUGCAGAAAGCCCUUGACGCGCGCAUCGCGAAGCUGCCUAGAAGAUUCUCCGUAUCACAGCUUCUGGACACUUGGGAGAUGAGUGUUCGCCAGGCCAGUGCACCCUCCCAGACUCCCGUCACUGCCAGUACCGUUCUCAUGGGCCUCUAA